CUUUUCUGAGUGUCUCCUACUUGCGACAAGGUGGACUUGGGAGGAAAGCCGUCUGCCAAAGCCUGAAGCCUCCAAGCCAUAAACAACCCCAAUGGCCUCCCACGAAGUUGAUAAUGCAGAGCUGGGGUCAGCCUCUGCCCAUGGUACCCCAGGCAGUGAGGCGGGACCAGAUGAGCUGAAUACUUCUGUCCACCAGCCCAUAGAUGGAUCACCAGAUUAUCAGAAAGCAAAAUUACAAGUUCUUGGGGCCAUCCAGAUCCUGAAUGCAGCAAUGAUUCUGGCUUUGGGUGUCUUUCUGGGUUCCUUGCAAUACCUGUACCACGUCCAAAAGCACUUUUUCUUCACCUUCUACACAGGCUACCCGAUUUGGGGUGCUGUGUUUUUCUGUAGUUCAGGAAUCUUGUCUGUUGUAGCAGGGAUAAAACCCACAAGAGCAUGGAUAGAGAACAGUUUUGGAAUGAACAUUGCCAGUGCUACAAUUGCACUAGUGGGGACUGCUUUUCUCUCACUAAAUUUAGCAGUUAAUAUCCAGUCAUUAAGGAGUUGUCAGUCUUCAGAGUCACCGGACCUAUGCAAUUACACGGGCUCCAUAUCAAAUGGCAUGGUGUCUCUACUGCUGAUUCUCACCUCGCUGGAAUUAUGCGUAACCAUCUCUGCCAUAGCCAUGUGGUGCAGUGCAAACUGCUGUAAUUCAAGAGAGGAAAUUUCCUCACCUCCCAAUUCUGUGUAAUCAAGAAUACCUCCUUAUGAAAAUAAUUCUGAGAGCAUGAAUAUUUGACCUUAAAUCUCCAGUGACUCAGAGCUUCACCCACAAACUCAGGAGAACAUGAGCCUGUUCGUAAAGCUCAAUCCUUCUAUCAUGGCACCAAUCACAAGAACCUUGGACGUUUGACUGACUCUAUCCUUUCUCUCCUAACUAUAAAUCCUAUUUGUGUGUCGUGGGUAUGGAAGGACAGAUAUAUUUCUUUAGGCAUUCUUGGAUAUCUGUAACUUCUGUGAUCAUUACUCCAAAGUUGUUUCCAGAAAUUGGUUCUAUUUCUUCUUAUCCACCUACUCCAUUGCUUUAUGAGGUUUAAGGAAGGAAGGCGGUAUAAUCCCUAUUCAAUAUAUUUUUUCUAAAAUCCAACUUCUGACCGCCCAGUAGGAAGAAAAAUGAGACAUUUUUUCCAUUACAGAGAAAUGCUUCUUGACUUUAACAUCAGCAUUAUAAAAAGUGUCAAAUAAAAAAUUACCAUCAUUAUCAUUAAAAUAAAUUUUCACUGUAUUUGAGAUGGGAGGGUUAAGGCUCAGGGAUUUUAUUUCAGUGAACUGCUGGAACUCACACAUGCCCUGAUAUGUAAAUGAUGAUUUAUGUUGGUGAGUCUGAGAGCAAGCCCAAAUGUGUUCUUCAAAGGACAAUGGGAAACUGUAAAGUAGAGAACUAAAGAAUAAGGCCUUUAGAAUCUGACACAUCUGGGUUCAAAUUCUGAAACUGUCACUUAUUACCUGUAUGAACAUGGGCAAAUUAUCUAAUCUCUCUGAUCUAUUUUUCCUCAUCUGUAAAAUAGAUGUAAUAACAACUACUUUGUCAGUUGCUCUGAGGGUUAAAUGAAAAUAAAAAGAAAAUGUGAAACAGCA